GGGUUGCCACAGGGAGUCUUGAGGAUCCUACUGUGAGCUCUCACUCCCUUCCUUCCCCAUGUACAGCGGGGCUAUAUUGUCCAUUUUACAAUAAACGCUAAGGGGGGAGAAAGAAAGAAAGUGCAGGCGAAUGAACAAACACUUCAAACCAAAAACAACGCAAACAAGAAGCAGACAGGAGAGCGGGAGGCGGCUCGACAUUCAUGCUUGAAAUCUCACUGAAGUGAAGGAUGACAGUUCACUGAGCAGUGAGGAGGAGGCCGAGAUGAGCGAGCCCACAUGGCUAGCAGCUGAUCUGGGAGCAGCGUCUGACCUGAGUCCACCAAGUCGAGGAGAGAGGAUGCGCCACAGUCCCCAGAACGCACACAGCAAGGACGACGAUGAUGAUUCAUCAUCAGAGAGCGGCAGUGGCAAUGGCCUGCCUGUGCUGACCCCGCCCUCUUCCGCUGUGACGGAUGGCACCAUUGUCAGGGAAACCAAGGUUAUCAAUGGCAACGGCGGCCCCGUCGCACUUGACUUCAGCACGCCGACUUCCUCCUCCUCGUCAUCUGAGGACCAGCAGCCGGUCAACCUGAGUGACCCGCCCCCUCAGCGCCUGCCCCUUUCUACCGCUCACCUGCCCGUCACUGUGUCAGCAGCAGCUGCGGCGCUGCUCGGCGCUCUGCAUCCCAAUGCGUCCGAGGAGCUCCGCAGGAAGUACCCGCUCGCAGCCAAACCUCCCGUCACUCCACACCCGGCCCUGCCGCUGCCACACACACAUAACGCACACACUUUGACCUCACACUCCCAGUCCCACACACACACUGCUGAGCUGCGGCUGGACAGAGACAGCAGGGAUUACGGGGGCAAGUCCCCACAGUACAGUUCAGGCGGCAGCUAUGACAGCAUCAAGAUGGACUUGAGUGCCGAGGACCUGACCGUGGGGCGUCAUGGUAGCCAGGUUGCCCCAGACGAUGACGACGACGACCACGACGACCACGACGACAACGACAAGAUCAACGACACAGAGGGAGUGGAUCCCGAGAGACUAAAGGCCUUCAACAUGUUUGUGCGUCUGUUUGUGGACGAGAACCUGGAUCGGAUGGUGCCCAUCUCCAAACAGCCCAAGGAAAAGAUCCAGGCCAUCAUCGAGUCCUGCAGCAGACAGUUCCCAGAAUUCCAGGAACGCGCUCGCAAGCGCAUCCGCACCUACCUCAAAUCCUGCCGGCGCAUGAAGAAGAACGGCAUGGAGACCCGUCCUACUCCACCUCACCUCACCUCAGCCAUGGCUGAGAAUAUUCUGGCAGCUGCCUGUGAGAGUGAAUCACGCAACGCUGCAAAAAGAAUGCGUCUUGAAGCCUAUCAUGAUGAACAGAUCUCACUGGACAAGCCAUCCAGUGGUGGAGUAAGUCUGAGGGAACCAGCAUCCCUCGCUCACUCCGCCUACUCCCUGGCCGCAUCAGCCUUCUCCUCCCAGGACGCCCAGCUCUACAUCAACGGAGCCGGUCUGAGCUAUGGUUACCGUGGAUACCCAGGCCUGGGCGCUGCCAUGCAACACCCCGUUUCCCUGACGACUGGCGCUGCUGUUCAGAGCAAUGGUCCCACAGACCUCAGUAUGAAGUCUCUGUCCUCUGCCAACAUCGGCAACUCCUCGUCUACUUCCACCAACAGCCUGGGUGGACGAGGCAGUGGAGGUGGCGGAGGGGGCGGGGCCUCAACCCAGCUCAGCCAACCGGAGAUCACCGCCGUGCGUCAGCUGAUCGCAGGCUACCGGGAAUCAGCUGCCUUCCUGCUUCGCUCAGCAGAUGAGCUGGAGAACCUCAUCCUGCAGCAGAACUAAAUCGAGGGAAACGUGGGGGAGAACACACACAAACACACAUCAGUGCACACACACGCAUGCACACACUGUCCCUUAUAUUUAGUAUGUGUGUGUGUGUGUGUGUCUGCGUCCGCCUGUGUCUCCUCUUGUGUGUUGCUCUUGCCUCCUUCAAUUGGCUUUUGUUGUUUUUUGGAAACGUUUUUUAAAGGAGAAGCGCACUGGAGGGCUUUCCGCCCAUCCUCUCUGCGAGCACCUCACAAUCAUUGCUGCACUCUGAACAAACGAGUGUGGAAGGGAGGAGUAGCCCGGAUGAAGAGAGAAGAAGACUGCUGCUGUGGUUUUUUUUUUGUCCUCGUGGAAGGAAAAGUGAAGUUUUUGAGCUUUCCUGUAAAGCUCCAACCUCGGGGGCGGG